GCGCGGCCUCCCGCCUCUUUCGCGACGAGCCACCCGCCUCCCGGAGACCGCCGCCUCCGUCCACGCCCUCUGCCCCUCCCGCCGCCGCCGCCGCUGGCGAUCUUCCACCGUCCGUCGAGUAAAGGAUGGAAGGGGAGAUGGAUACGGUGGUGGGUUCUUCCUCGAAGCCAUGCGGACCGUUGACGGAUUACUGCAUUCCGGACUACAUCCUGAGGCCGGACGCACAGCGAGUGGUUCUUGAUCAUGCACCCCCGUGCCCUGUGCUAGCGUUCAUCAAUUCUGGAUCUGGUGGUCAGCUUGGGAGCAGUUUGAUCAAAACCUACCGUGAACUUCUCAAUGAGGCACAGGUUUUCGAUGUCUCGGAAGAGGCUCCGGAUAAAGUGUUGCACCGUUUGUAUGCCAACAUUGAGAGGCUCAAGACUGAGGGCGACAUUCUUGCUGUUCAAAUUUGGAGGACUCUCAGACUAAUCGUUGCAGGUGGAGAUGGCACAGCAAGCUGGCUGCUUGGGGUUGUCAGUGAUCUCAAGCUUUCCCAUCCACCUCCAAUUGCUACUGUGCCUCUGGGAACUGGAAACAACCUUCCCUUUUCAUUUGGAUGGGGAAAGAAGAAUCCUUGUACUGACCAAGAGUCUGUAAAAUCGUUCCUUGGGCUAGUGAGGCACGCAAAAGAGAUGAAAAUUGAUAGUUGGCAUAUCAUUUUGAGGAUGCGAGCUCCAAAGGAAGGUUCAUGUGAUCCUGUUGCUCCCUUAGAGUUGCCUCAUUCACUACAUGCAUUUCAUCGUGUGUCAAGUAGUGAUUCCCUCAAUGUGGAAGGAUACCACACAUUCCGUGGAGGAUUUUGGAACUAUUUUAGCAUGGGUAUGGAUGCGGAGGUUUCUUAUGGAUUUCAUUCUGAAAGGAAGAAAAAUCCAGAGAAAUUCAAAAACCAGCUGACAAAUCAGGGUACAUAUGCUAAGGUUGGACUUAAACAGGGAUGGUUUUGUGCUUCUCUAAGUCAUCCAUCUUCAAGGAAUAUUGCUCAACUUGCAAAAGUGAAAAUCAUGAAAAAAGCUGGUGGCGACUGGCAAGAGCUUCACAUCCACCACAGUAUUCGAUCAAUCGUCUGUCUCAACCUGCCUAGUUUCUCUGGAGGUCUGAAUCCUUGGGGCACACCUGGCACAAGGAAAGUAGAAGAAAGGGACCUGACGGCGCCUUUCGUUGAUGAUGGGCUUAUUGAGGUUGUCGGAUUCCGCGAUGCCUGGCACGGGCUUGUCUUGCUGGCCCCAAAUGGACAUGGCACUCGCAUUGCGCAGGCUCAUAGAAUCCGCUUCGAGUUCCACCAAGGCGCGACCGACCACACCUUCAUGAGAGUCGACGGGGAGCCAUGGAAGCAGCCUCUCCCCAAGGACGAUGACACAGUCGUUGUGGAGAUCUCCCACCUUGGGCAGGUCACCAUGCUUGCCAAUGAGCCCUGCAAAUCCAAGAGCGUCCAUGACGAAUCCUCCCAUGCGCAGCACGACGGCCACGACGAAGACGACAAGGACAGCAUGGAGGACGACGAUGAGUGGGAGGAUGGCAGGAGGAAGUUUGGUGCUGCGGAUACGUUCAAGAUCCCUGAUGAGGUCGACAUUGUUCACCUCAGUUGAGCUCAUAAUCUGCAUCUAUUCUUGGGUUACAUUCUGGGUGUUCAUAAUCUUCUUCAGUACAGUGAUUUCUGUCCUUGAUUACUUCAGCAUUGUAAAAGUGAAACGAUAAUUCAUUCAGUUCAUAAAUUUUGGGAUGUAUAGGCUAUAUAGCUUUGGAUCAUCUGUAGUAGAACCCAUCAACCCAAGAUUGUUACAUUUCUUGUUUAUUGUUGUGCAGAAAUUUGUAAAUUUUUUUUUGGAAAAUAAAGGGAAUAAACUGUUGGUAUAUCUUUUUUCAAGAUUGAA